GCAGGCAGGCAGGCAGGCAGGCAGACAGGCAGGCUGCCGCUAUCAGGGAAUACUGGUGCCAUUUUCAGUAUCGCAGGGUAAAAGGAUUGAGGCUCGCCGCUGCACGCUCAGCUCGGCUCGCCUCGGCUCAGCUUAACGCAGAAUAGCCGAACAAGAGGGGGGGACUGGAGGGACGACAGGAGGAGAGAACGGCUGACCCCUAACACAGAACCCCUAACCCCCCUUCCCCCCUUUCCCGUCUCACCUCACCUCCCCCUUUCCUGCCUUGGCUACAGACGCAGAGAGUGAUGCAGUCCUUCCGUGAGCGCAGCGGUGGUUACCACAGCAACCAACCCUGUUACCAGCAGGAGCCCCAUGAAUUAUCCCGCCUGGAGACCUACCGGCAACACCCACAUCAUCCCCACCCACAGCACCCGCACCCAGGUCCAGGUCCACAUCCAGGUCCAGGCCCAGGUCCAGGUCACACCAGGUCAGGCUAUGAAGCUCAUUCACUGGCGAACCCCACGAGCAUGCCUCCUGCAGGAGGACCAGGGACUGGAGGAGGACCCAAGGACUGUUACAGCCAGCAAGCCUACCCUGGUUACCCAGGCAACACUGGAGGAAAUGCGAGUGGAAACGGGGCCCCAGCACCCUCGCAAGCAAAGAAAUCUUAUAGAGGAAGCAAAGUGCCCCCAUCAAACCCCAGUCAGCACUUACAAGGCUAUGGUAACCACAUGGGCCCUGGGAAUUACUCAGCCCAGUAUAUGAGCGAGGGCCACCUCCAGCAGAAAUGGGAGGACCCAGCCCAGUUAGCACAGUAUGACCAAGAAAUGGUGGGGCGUAUGGAGGCUGGUGGCACCCCUGCACCGGGCUCCUCCCAGUACAUGGACCAGAACAUGCUAGGCCACUCCCAAACCCAGUGCCACCAGCCCUCAACCCCUGCCUAUACCAGCCCCCACCACCAACCCCAUCCACCUAACCCCACCCCCUCCCCUCUCAUGUACCCUCAGAGUCACCUGCACUACCCCCAGCACUCACCCUCUCCUUCGCCAUACAUGGAAAAGUGCAGCCCUAUGCCCCACUGUUAUAAAGGUUACAAUAUGCCCCCCAAUUCCCAGUAUGGCAGACAAAUGACAAGCCACAGCAAUCUGAAGCAGGGGGGUUACAGGUCAACCCAGAACAGUUACGGCUACCAGCAGCCUCCAUCCAGAGGUUACGAGCAGCAGCCCCCGUUACAGGCCAUGACCAACCCCCAGGAGCCCCACCCUAAGUACCAACACUACAGCCAACCCCAGCAAAACUACUGUCUGUCAGAGCUGUCUGUCAGAUCACCAGAACAGUAUUACCAGACUUGUAGCCCCUCCUCAAGCCACUCCCCUGCACGCUCCGUAGGGCGCUCCCCGUCAUACAGCUCCACCCCUUCACCACUAAUGACCAAUCCAGAAUCAUUUCAGUACAGCCAACCACCAAUGACCCCUGGGGCAGCCUCCUCUUCCUCAUCCUCUUCUGCUGGUAUGCAGGAGCAAGCUAGCACCAACACUAUGUUGAUGCCACCACGCUCACACCCCUCACCCAAUGUUCCACAUGCAGCCUCUCACAGCUAUACCACCACACCGCAGGUCCCCACAAUGAAAGAACGUUUUUCAGAGAAGCUAUUGUCAAACCCCAGCUUGUGGAGCCUGAAUGCCCUCACCUCUCAGGUAGAGAACAUCUCUAAUAAUGUCCAGCAGCUGUUGCUUUCAGAGGCCCUGGUGGCCAAUAAGAAAGGCAGUAAGCGCAACAGUGGAGGGAGCAACAGCAGUGCUGGAAGUGGAGCAUCCUCCAAAAAGGGUGAGGAGUACAAAAGUCCUCCAUAUUUAGAUGGUAGUGGUGGUAAUGUUGGCGCUGGCCCCAUGCAAGACCCCUACUCUACACCACAGCACCAAGCAAUGCCCAUGGAACUACAUGAGGGAGGCUACUCCAGCAGUAGUGAUGAACAAUUGGAGAGGGGGUACUAUUACUGUGGUCAGGGCAGAAGUCCCGCACAGGCCCCCACUACCACACAGCUCAGCCUGGAUACAGCCUCUUCAUGUUCCAUGACAUCUCCAGAUGAUAUGUCCACCAGGUCUGGGGACUCAGGUCUGCACAACCUAACCCCUGAUCCUACUAGAUGCCAGUCAGGGCAGGGUGGAGAUGGCAUGAGUACUCCAGUGAAGAGCAUCGGUGAUGAAAGGUCUCCUACAAGCAUUACAAUCCCCAGUCCCAUGAAACAAGAAAGGGAUUCCCCUUCGGAUAUACAACAUAUCAUUGAGCCCGUCAAAGAAAACUUUGAAGAAUCCGCCUGGACAGAGAAAUCAGCUGACAAAGAUGAGAUGACGACAGAAAUAAACCCUGACCAUGAUAGAGAUUCAGACACAACAAAAUCGACGGAGAAUCUGGAGAAAUGGUCAGAUGAAGAGAAAUGCCCAGCUCUCUACAGCAAAGUAAACAAAGAGGUGACAGAAAAAAGCUAUUGCUAUAAGGAGACGGUGUACCAAGAGGUCCAGAGCAAAUAUGAUCCUGAUGUAAGAGACUCGGUUGAACAGUCCCCAGCAGCUCUCUCUGACUCCAGCCACAAGGAACACUUUGGCCAAGAGAUGAAAUCAGAGGCAUUUAAAUCAGAGUCCCCAACUGCUUCUGAGAGCUCAGUGAAAACAUUGCCUUUCAUUUCUAGGGUUGACCUUGAACAGGAUCAAUAUUCUACAGAGAAGGAGGACAGCUCAGAGAACACCUCUCCAACCCCCCACGUAGAGACCUUAGACGAGAGCAACUCAGACAAGAGAGAGAGCAGAGAUGAGGAAGACGAAGAGGAGGGAGAAGGAGAGGAGGAGGCAGAUGAGGAGGAAGAAGAUGAAAUACAGAAACAAAAGCAACAUACUCUUUCUCCUCCUCUGUCUGCAGAUGUUACAGAAGAAUUGGGGGAGGGGGAGAAAGACAGUCAGACAUCGACUGAGGAGCACAUGAAUAAUAGAGAUGUGGCAGAGAAGCCUCCUGGAGAUCUCUGCAGCAGGACAGAGAGUCAGAGCACUGAGCUCCAUGCUGACAAUGAGUCUGCCGGGGCGCCUGCCCAUCCAAAUGCAGCAGCAGCAACAGCAGCAGCAGAAGCUUCUGAGAGGGAAUCAGCCAUUGGUGACACUGUUCCUCAGCCUCAGUCCGCUAUGCCAGUCUUCUCAGCCCUCAAUGAUAAGGCAACGCCUCCAGCUCCAGCCAGGGAUCAUAUUGAUCACAGUGAUGCUAAAGUGCUGGAGCCAGACUCUCCUCAGCUCCCAGGGAAGUCGAUACUUCCCUCAGCCCCCUCCUGGGCAGACACUCCACCCUCUCCAAAGAAAGGUGAUGAGGACAUGGAGCCAGGCAUCAGCUGCGCUAGUGCUGUGACUCCCUUGGCCAAGCCAGAGCCUGUGGCCCCAUCUGCUCAGCCAAGGGCAUUUGGACGUAAGCAUGCCAGGGGCAGAAGGAGAAUCAUGCAUUCAGGUGUGGCAAUCAGACGACAGCUAUGCUUGGAGCAGGAGGGGGAAAAGGAAGAGGAAGGGGCCCCCUCACCUACACAGAAACCCUGCAUGCCCCCUAGCAAAACUGUGCUAUACUCAGAUCAAAUGGACCUUGCUCAUCAGGAGUCUAUUGUGAGUCAGACACCCAAAAUGCUUACUGAUGGUUUUCGUUCAAGAAUGUGCACUCGCUCAUUCAAUGCGCCAGACUUACCACCGAAAGUUGAGCCUCAUGUGAAGAGAAAACCAGGCCCAAAACCAGGUUCAAAGCCUGGGCUCAAACCAGGGCCAAAACCUGGACCUAAACCAGGGCCAAAACCAGGGGCAAAGCCAGGUCCAAAGCCUGGGCCUAAACCUGGCCUAAAGCCUGGACCAAAGCCUGGGCCAAAACCUGGACCUAAACCAGGACCAAAACCUGUGCCAAAUGAACCAGAGCUGUCACCGAAAUUCGAGACUCCUCUGAAGCGUAAACCAGGACCAAAACCAGGUUCAAAACCUGGAUCAAAACCUGGGCCAAAACCUGGGUCAAAACCUGGCCCAAAACCUGGGUCAAAACCUGGCCCAAAACCAGGACCUAAGCCUGGACCCAAGCCUGCAGAUGUUUUGCCCCCCACUGACACAGCACCCAUUAAGGCCCCAGUGGGUCGCCCCAAAGGCUCUGUUUCUAAAGCCAAGCUGGUGCAAGAAGAACCCAUUCAGCCUUUGACAGGAAUGCUGAGUAGGGGCAGGAAAAGCCUAAAAGCUACAAUAUCACAAGAAAACCAGGAUGUAAAACCAGUUAACCAGGAAGAAAAACAAGCAAACCAUGAGGCAAAGGCACCAGAAAAGGAGAGUAAGAACAUGGUACUGAGAUCCAGAAAGCCCUCGCAAGAAAAGCUGUCGAAAGAAAAAGAGAAAAUCAUAGAGGAAGCUAUUCUGCCCCACACAAUAACAGAAUUAAAAGUCAGUGAUGUGUCUCCAAAGUUAGAGGAGUCCCUUAGUGUGGAACAAACUCUAACUGCCAUUCCUAAUGCAGUCAAAAACAAGGAUGUUCCAGCAGACCCACCUGCACCAUUGGCCUCACCAGUCCCAACUGAACAAUCUGAAGAAAAGACAUCUCUUACAGUAAAAAGGAAACCUAGCCCAGAACCCUCUACAAUGCCAGUAAAGAAAAAGAGGGGUCCAAAGCCAAAACCAAAACCAAUACCACCCGAACCUCCCCUGCUGGAACAGGUUGUGUCUUCACCGAAAGAGAAGGCUGUCCGGGGGCCCAAAAAAAAGCGAGGGCCACCCAAGAAAGCCCCUGUGGUCACUUCCCUACCAAAAGACACUCUUCCCAGUAUCAGUGAGAAUGACAUGACCAGUGAUGUGCCUGUGGUGCCUCCUCAGUGCCCCACUAAAACAAAAGUUCUCCCACCACGCAAAGGCAGAGGACAGAAAUAUGAAGCCAUGGUGCAGAAAAUUACAUCUCCCAGCUCAAAGAAACACCCUCCAAUUCCCCAGAUAGAAAGUAAUCUGACUGACGAUGUGACAACAAAGACUUUGUCACAACAUGUCCUAAAGGAAGGUGUGACAUCGACACUUGUUAAUAGCACUGAGGUGAUAGAGGGACAAGUAAAAAGCAUGGAGUUGAGACAAGAAGUAAUGAAGCAAGUGAGGAAAGAGGAGAAGACACAAGAGAAAGAAAAGAACGAGGUGAGUCAAGAGGUAUCAACCCCAGAGGAGGUGAGAAAAGAGGUGGCAGAGGAGGUUGUAAAUAAGGAUGAAAUAAGACAAGAGAACAUCAAACAAGGUGCACAGCUUGAUGUUGGAGCUGACAAGAUGUUGAGCUCAAUGGAGGCCCCAGCAGAAGUCAGGCCUCCAGGAAAGUGGACACAACAGACCACAGACGAUGUAUCUUCUGUUGCCACUAAGUCCACCAGAACUAAAAGGAAGAGAUGGGCCAUGGUGGAGAGCACAGAUGCCUCAGUAGUAGCCUUAGAAGCGGGGAGCCUAAUAGUAACAACACCAAGGUUAGCCAAGCAGAGGGCCAUUAAGAACAACCAUGAGAUGCACCUUAAGCAGAGGAGAAAGAAGAGAAAAGGUCAAGGCCCCCUUGAAGAAACAGACACAGUCGAGGAGACCAAUAUUGAAACAGUAGUACAACAGGAGAAGGAGAAGAUGGAAGAGACAGAAACCAGCACAGAGUCCACAAUACCUCUGUCAAUCAGCCCAGAUGAGAUCACAGAAGCCCCCCAGGUAACCAGCACAGAACUCAUUCAGAAACCUAGGAGAGGCAGGAAACCAUCAGCAAAUCCGGCCAAGAGGAAGCAUGGCAAAGCCUCCUCUGAGCAGAUCCUUGGCAAACCAGUGAAAGUCCACAAAAAGCCUGGGCCAAAACCUGGGAUGAAAGAUGCCAUCGAGGUUAUUGAGGCAGUGGUAAGGGCUGCGGGAUGUGAAGGGGCCGAAAAAGAGGAACGAGAAAAAGAAAAAAUGGAAAGAAGGGAAAAGGAAAAGAUGGAAGAACAGGAGACUUGCAUUGUGGGUCCUGUUGUGACAGUAUCAGAAAAACAGACUGAGAUCAUUUCUGUGAAAAGAAUCAGGCGCAGACCAGUUCAUCAAAACUCUAAACUGUCUUUCUGUCCUUAUGUACGGAUUAACAACUCCAGAGACUUUUCAUCUUGGUGUGCUAUAGUCAACAAGCCUGAGGAUGCAGUAAUAUUUCAGAGACGUAGAAAAAAGGGCAUACUCAGAAUGAGGAAUCCCUUCACAGUUGCAAAGGGAGUGCCACACACUGCUGCCAUGCUACAGGGACCCCUUGUAAACAAAAAUCUAACUGAGAGGUGUCUUUUAUGUAGCCUGUGUGGAAAGCAAGCAAAUUACAGAGACCUUGGUGAUCUGUGUGGACCCUACUACACAGAGGAUGGAGUUCCUAGGAAACUUUUGACGAUCAGGCACGCAGAAUCCCUCAGGGAAGAGUCUGAAAAGACUGAGGAAAAUGAUGGUAGCAGCACGAAUGAUCCAGGCCACUCAUCAAAGAAGGAGGAUGAGGGCAGCACAGAAAAGGAGGGCAACACAGAAGUAUCCGCUCAAGAGGGCAGUAGUAGCAGACACCACUGGCGCCACCGAAGGGCAGAAAGAACGGAAAGAAUGGGUCAGGAGGGUGGUCCACGAAGGUUAACUCUCCGGGAGAGGUUCAGGAGGAUCAAGCAGCUCCAAGACUUAGGCUCGGGGGCCUCAAGUGACCAAGAGGGCAGCAACAACAUGUUCCGAAGGUUACAAGUGGAGGCAGAGGCUAAGGAGCACUGGGCACAUGAAAACUGUGCCAUCUGGACCAAGGGGGUCAUUAUGGUAGCUGGGAGGCUAUAUGGACUGAAGGAGGCUGCCUGCAAGUCGUCCCAAACGAGCUGCUACAAGUGCCAGAUUGUGGGGGCGUCCCUCAGCUGCUGCUGGAGAGGCUGCUCUCAUAAAUACCACUAUGUCUGCGCCAAAGAGAUAGGCUGCACAUUCCACGAGGAUGAUUUCUCCAUCAAAUGUCCUAAACACGAGUCUCUCUUCCCGUUUCCUGCAGGACCUGUAAGAUAUUCCAGUAAACCACCUGCACCACCAACACCACCUCUCAGCCGGUCAAGCAUCACCUAUCCAGCGAAGGCAAACAAAAAUGCCGCCCCGACAACAGCCACCUGUACCUAAAAAAACACGAUGCUGACUGAUGAUGGACAGGCACAUCAGCCAGUGGGGCUGGACGGGGGGCGGGGGGAUGGGUGGGAGGCCGCUGCACCGCCGAGGUGGAGCCGGGAGCAAUACGAACCCUGGAGAACGUUCUCCGCUGAGAGUAGCAGCUCCCUGAACCCGGCCUGGAAAAUGUGUUUUCUCCACUGAGCUCCCCCCCUCACUGGAAGGCAGCGGCACUGUUUAACAGGAGGAUAGACUGCGCUUUAGAGUCCAUGCGCCUAGGGCCCAGUGCACAAGGAGGGUGGGGGGCUGUUUGAAAUGCAGAGCGAGGAAGGUGUGUGUGUGUUCUGCCUUCGGAUGGGUUGCUAUCACAUUCAGACACCUGGCGGACACUGAUUGGACAGGAGCAUCCCUCUGGCCACCUUGUCCGUGGGCCAAGAGGUGUGUAUGCACGUGCGUGAGCUGGCGUGAGUGUGUGUGUGUGUGUGUGUGUGAUAAUCAUUGUCAUUCUACAAGGCCACAUCGUCAGCGUGUUGGUGCACUCGUGUGUCCGUGCGGGUGAAGAAAGUUCAUCUCCGAUUCAAGAUGUCACGCAUCGAAAAAAGAAAAAUAAAUGAAACAAAAAAAAAAAAAACAGCAGCCAACCACUGGAUGUACUAUCUCAAUGUGUGCGUUUGUGUUUAAGAAACAAAACAAAAAAAGAAGGAAACUGUACAUGAUGACGUGCUUUACAGGUUCUAAUUAUUCCGAUACUGAAGAGUCAAGAAAAAAAAAGCGGACGCCGUAUUUUAUUAUAAUGCUCUUAUCUUCAGAGAUGUAUUUUGAUGUGCAUUAUGACUAUUCGACAUCAUUGCGUCACCCUUGGUAUAUGUCAGGCUUUGUGUUAUUCCGAAAAAAAAAAGAAAAAAGAAAAAGAAAAAACGGACAAAAAAAAACAAAAAAAAAAACUGUUACUCCAUUUCAGCUGUGUGCACAUUCAGUAUGUACAGUAAGCGCCGCCCAUCAUCACCCGACAGGUUGUGAGAUCAGCUCGGGGGGGGCGGGGCUCCAAGGGUCCAGUCGGAGGGGGAGGGGGGCCAGGUCAUCUCACGUCAUAUCUAUGUACAGCUCAGAAGUAUUACUGUUAAAACAUUACCAUCAUGUAUGAUUAUUUCACCUCACGCAGCGGCGCAGAAAGAUAUACAUCCGACUCGAGAUUUCCAUUCACACACCUGUCUGUUCGUGUAUCUCAAAAAUGUAGCCUCUCUCUCUCUCUCUCUCUCUCUCUCUCUCUCUCUCUCAUGCUAUGUAACAACGCCCUGCAGCGGUGGGGCGCCAAGUCAGAGUACUGGUCAUAUCAAAAGGAGACAUAUUUAAGUAUUAGAGCAUAAAAGAAAGUGCAAAAAAAA